ACGUCAAAACCCCUUUCAUUGUGCAAAGCAGCCGUAGUCCCUCUCCUUCGUGACUGUUACCAAAGGUAGUGGAAGUAAUCGACGUGUUGACCCAAGAUGCAGAACGAAGAAGGAGUUAUCACUGAGCUUUACAUUCCCAGGAAAUGCUCAGCGACGAACAGGCUAAUCACCUCAAAAGACCAUGCAUCUGUCCAGAUUAACAUCGGGCAUCUCGAUGAGAAUGGUUUCUACAUUGGCCAAUUCUCCACUUUCGCUCUCUGUGGUUACGUCCGUGCUCAGGGAGAUGCUGACAGUGGUCUAGACCGACUCUGGCAAAAAAAGAAAGUUGAAGUCAGACAACAGUAGAAGGAGAGAAUUCUCUUUUUUCUAUUGUUACUUCUCUCGAAUUGUAUUUCGCUCUUUAGGAUGGAAUUGUCUAAUUAGUGAACCAAUAUAUGAGGCUAAGUAUAACUCAUUUUUCAUAUGUGGCGAGUGUUGCAAACUAGUUGGCAACUUUUUGUGUUACUUAAGUUGGGUAAAAGAUGAGAUGCUACUCCCAUGUUUUGAACUUUAGUUGUAAGCAAAGUUCUUUAAGU